AUCGCCCGUCCUCUGUCUGCACGUUUCCGAAGUCUCUCGGAGAUUCACCGAACAUAGACCCAUCCCUUCCCGAAUCCCGUGCCCCUCUGCCCCCCUCCACAACGACUCUCCUUUCGACUCGGAGGAGGAACCCGGCGGCCGCCCAGCUGUGCAUUUGUAGCUAUUACCCAAGAUGGAGGUUUGCUGAUGGCAGUAGCAUCUAGGAGCGAUCCUGCCCGCCCCUGUGUCUUGGCCGACGCUUUCCGAAAGCGAACAGAUUUUUUAUAUUGAUAACGUUGGCAGGAAUUACCCCACCGCAUUGGGAAUUUAGUUGGGCCACCAUCAUGAGCUCUGGGGACGGAGCGGAGGAGACGUCAAAGGACGCGGCCGAUAUAGCGGCGUUCUUUAAAUCUGAUGGUUCCCUCCCAAAAGAGCCCAAAGGAGACUUGUCCAGUCAGCUACCAGGUUUUCGUAAAAAUGAAGACAUGAGAGCGAUGGAGGUGUUGCCUAUUCUAAAGGAAAAAGUUGCCUUCUUAUCAGGGGGCAGAGACAGACGUGGUGGUCCAGUGUUAACGUUUCCAUCACGCAGUAAUCACGACAGAAUACGAGCUGACGACCUCCGAACUCUCAUAGCAUACCUUGCUGGCAUCCCCAAUGAGGAGGUGAUCCAGCAUGGCUUCACAGUCAUAGUAGACAUGCGAGGCAGUAAAUGGGACAGUAUCAAAUCUCUACUGAAGAUCCUCCAGGAGUCGUUCCCCUGCUGUAUACAUAUAGCGCUCAUCAUCAAACCAGACAACUUCUGGCAGAAACAACGCACCAACUUCGGCAGCUCCAAGUUUGAAUUUGAGACCACCAUGGUGUCGUUGGAGGGUCUAUCUAAGGUGGUUGACCCCUCCCAGCUGACCUCUGACUUCGAGGGAAGUCUAGAAUACAACCAUGACGAAUGGAUCGAGGUGCGGGUUGCGUUUGAGGAGUUUACGGGGCACGCGGGUCACAUGUUGUCGAGGCUGGAGGAGAUGCAGGAGGUGGUGGCGAGGAAAGACUUCCCCACGGACCUGGACGGGGCGCGGCGCAUGAUAGAGGAACACGCCACGCUGAAGAAGAAGGUCAUCAAAGCUCCUAUAGAGGAACUGGAUACAGAGGGACAGAGGUUGCUGCAGCGUAUCCAGAGCAGUGAGUCGUACAGGAACUCUAACGCCAGCGGUGUGUGUAACGCUGACACCCAGGGGCUGGUGCCACGCGUCGCCACCCUGCUGGACAAACUCCACAGCACACGACAACACCUCCACCAGGCCUGGCACAUCAGGAAACUCCAGCUGGACCAGUGUUUCCAGCUCCGCCUCUUCGAACAGGAUGCUGAGAAGAUGUUUGAUUGGAUAAUGGCCAACAAGGGUCUGUUCCUGGCCGGCUACACCGAGAUCGGCAACAACCACCCACACGCCAUGGAGCUACAGACGCAGCACAACCACUUUGCUAUGAACUGCAUGAAUGUGUAUGUGAACAUCAACAGGAUAAUGUCAGUGGGUAACAGGCUAUUGGAGUCUGGUCACUAUGCCUCGGUGCAGAUUAAACAGAUCUCAGGUCAGCUGGAAGCGGAGUGGAAAGCCUUCGCUGCGGCCCUGGACGAACGCAGCACACUGCUGGAGAUGUCUGCCGCCUUCCACCAGAAAUGUGACCAGUACAUGGGUAAUGUGGACUCGUGGUGUAAAGCGUGCGGAGAGGUGGAUCUACCCUCGGAGCUCCAGGACCUAGAGGAUGCUAUCCACCACCACCAGGGCCUCUACGAACACAUCACUGCUGCCUACUCAGAGGUAAACAGCACUGCUGCAUACCCAGAGGUCAGUCAGGACGGUAAGGCCCUAUUGGAUAAGCUCCAGCGCCCUCUGACCCCGGGAGGGGCUGAUUCGCUAACGGCCUCGGCCAACUACAGCAAGGCGGUGCACCAUGUGCUGGAUGUGAUACACGAGGUGCUGCACCACCAGAGACAACUGGAGAAUAUCUGGCAACACCGCAAAGUCCGCCUGCACCAGAGGCUCCAGCUGUGUGUGUUCCAGCAAGACGUACAGCAGGUUCUGGACUGGAUAGAGAACCACGGGGAGGCGUUCCUCAGUAAACACACAGGCGUUGGGAAGUCCCUCCAUCGAGCCAGAGCGCUACAGAAACGACACGAGGACUUCGAGGAGGUCGCCCAGAACACCUAUACUAACGCUGACAAGCUGCUGGAGGCAGCAGAGCAGCUGGCCCAGACAGGAGAGUGUGACCCAGAGGAGAUCUACCAGGCAGCCCACCAGCUGGAGGACCGUAUCCAGGACUUUGUCAGGAGGGUGGAGCAACGCAAAGUCCUGCUGGACAUGUCUGUCGCCUUCCACACACACGUCAAAGAGCUGUGGACGUGGCUGGAGGAGCUGCAGAAGGAGCUGUUAGAUGAUGUGUAUGCUGAGUCUGUGGAGGCGGUGCAGGAUCUGAUCAAACGCUUCAGCCAGCAGCAGCUGACCAUCCUGCAGGUCACUGUCAACGUCAUCAAGGAGGGAGAGGACCUCAUCCAGCAGCUCAGGGACUCUGCUAUCUCCAGUAACAAGACUCCCCACAACAGCUCCAUCAACCACAUAGAGAGUGUGUUACUGCAGCUGGACGAGGCCCAGGCUCAGAUGGAGGAGCUGUUUCAGGAGAGGAAGAUCAAACUAGAACUCUUCCUACAACUACGCAUCUUUGAAAGGGACGCCAUCGAUAUCAUCUCAGACCUGGAGUCGUGGAACGAGGAGUUGACUGUUCAGAUGAGUGAGUUUGAUACAGAGGACCUGACCCUGGCAGAACAGAGACUCCAGCACCACGCUGACAAGGCCCUGACCAUGAACAACCUGACCUUUGACGUCAUCCACCAGGGACAGGAACUGCUGCAGUACGUCAACGAAGUACAGGCCUCUGGUGUAGAGUUGCUGUGUGACAGGGAUGUGGACAUGGCUACUCGUGUUCAGGACCUGCUGGAGUUCCUUCAUGAGAAGCAGCAGGAGUUGGAUGUCGCAGGCGAACAACACAGGAGGCACCUGGAGCAGUGUGUACAGCUGAGACACCUACAGGCCGAAGUCAAACAGGUCCUAGGAUGGAUCCGUAAUGGGGAGUCUAUGUUGAAUGCUGGUCUGAUCACAGCUAGUUCUCUACAGGAAGCAGAACAGCUACAGAGAGAACACGAACAGUUCCAGCAUGCCAUUGAGAAAACCCACCAAAGUGCUCUGCAGGUGCAGCAGAAGGCUGAGGUGUUACUGCAGGCCAACCAUUAUGACAUGGACCUGAUCAGAGACUGUGCUGAGAGUGUAGCGUCCCACUGGCAGCAGCUCAUGUUGAAGAUGGAGGACAGGCUGAAACUGGUCAACGCCUCUGUAGCCUUCUACAAGACCUCUGAACAGGUGUGCAGUGUGUUGGAGAGCCUGGAGCAGGAGUAUAAGAGGGAAGAGGACUGGUGUGGCAUUAUGGGAGCUGUAGUUUAUGUACUGUAUAUAUCUGACUGGAACAGGUGUGCAGUGUGUUGGAGAGCCUGGAGCAGGAGUAUAAGAGGGAAGAGGACUGGUGUGGCAUUAUGGGAGCUGUAG